AAAGAGGAAGGUAGGAGACAGAAGAGAAAGGGCAAAGGAAGGAGAAUAGGGGUGUUCCCAUGUCCCUAAGUCCCCAGAACUGACAAGAGCCAGCGUCACGCUGAGCACAGCACAUGUCCAUCUGCACACAGUCCCCAGAAGUUUGGGUAGGGCAGUACACCCGCCUGCUGCGAGGGAACUGGGUGCAGAGUGGGUUCAUCUGGUGGCAUGCAGGAAGUGCUGUGUCUGCCCUCGACUUGGGUUUCCUUUCCAGGGAGAAAAGCUGAGCUAUGAAGAACAGGAGCUGAACCCGCCCCAGCAGGCAGCUGGGCAGGGAGGGACCUUCACCUCACACCUCAUUCCCACAGUGUAACACAGCACAGAGGACCCAGCGCUGGACCGGGUAGUCACUGCUCUGCUUAGAGAAAUGGGGUGUCCUGCCCUUCGGGCCCUUGUAUCCCUGCUCUGCCUCUGCCCCUCGCUGAUCUUGGGCCAGGAGGGAGGCACCUGUCCAGGUGAGAUGGGCCUGCUCAGCUGUGUUGACACUGCACACGCACAUAUAUGUGCACGUGCAAGGUGCAGGACGCCUCCAGCAUGCAUUCGUGGCAACAAGCGGUGGAAUGAGAGGAGUCAGCCUGGGAACACCUCUGGUGCCUGGCUGGCACCAAAUGACCUUCUUCAGGAAUGGGUGGUGCAAGAGAGGGUGUUCUUUAGCAGUACCCUGAGGUCUCACCCUCUUCUGUUCUGUACAGAUGUGAAGAUUGUGGGUUUGGGGGCUCAGGAAAAGGUGGCCAUCAUCCAAAGUUGCCCUGUCUUUGCUGGCCUACCAGGGCCCAAAGGAGAGCCUGGCAGCCCUGCUGGAAGAGGACAGCGGGGGCCCCCAGGCAGCCCAGGGAAGAUGGGACCAGCUGGCAACAAAGGAGAGCCAGGAGAUAUAGGACCCCCUGGAGACAGAGGGGAAAAAGGCGCCAAGGGAGCUUCAGCCUCACUGGGGGAAAAGGAGCUGGGGGACAUGCUGUGCCAGACAGGAGCCCGGAGCUGCAAGGAUGUGUUGGCUCAGGGGAACUUCCUAACUGGGUGGUACACCAUCUACCUCCCUGACUGCCGGCUGCUGACUGUACUGUGUGACAUGGAUGUGGACGGCGGAGGCUGGACUGUUUUCCAGAGACGAGUGGAUGGCUCUGUUGAUUUCUUCCGGAACUGGGAAUCCUACAAAAGAGGUUUUGGAAACCUGGGCACAGAGUUCUGGUUGGGCAAUGACUACCUAUACCUGAUCACAGCCAAAGGGAACCAUGAGCUCCGGAUUGACCUGAGGGAUUUUCAAGGUGAAGCCUCUUAUGCCAAGUACAGCUCGUUCCAGGUGUCCGGAGAACAGGAGAAAUACAAGCUGGUCCUGGGGCAAUUUGUUGGAGGCACUGCAGGAGACUCCCUGGCGAAACACGGGGACAUGCCCUUCACAACCCAUGACCAGGACAAUGACAUGAACAGUGAGAAAAAUUGUGCAUCUGUGUUCCAAGGGGCCUGGUGGUACAAAAACUGCCACCAAUCCAACCUCAACGGACGCUAUCUGCCUGGCUCCCACGAGAGCUAUGCAAAUGGCAUCAACUGGCUGACUGGCCGGGGCCCCAACUACUCCUACAAGGUGUCUGAGAUGAAGAUCCGGUCAGUCUAGGCCACAAGAGGACCAACCAGCUGGCCUGCACCUCCACCCCUGCAGCUGUGGAUGGAUGUGCUGGGGUUGGAGGUAGAGACACUGAAAGAGAUCACAUGAAGCUGAAGCCCAUGCUGUCUGUGUUGUGCUGUCUGCUGUGUGCCCCUCACUCCUUCCUGGACACUGUCCAGCAUGUGACCAGUGUGUAAGAACUACUGCUGCCUGGCAUUAAUAAAGAUUGGGAAAGCACGGUAGAAACCUGAGACCCAGCAGAGGGCCUGAUAGGGCAGAGCCCAGGAGGUGUGUGCAGGUAGAAGGAGACCCCCAGACAUCUUUGCCAGCCUUGAAACUGAGAUCCAGUGGGCCACUAAAACCACCAAUUCCCAGACCACCAGAGAGGAGAGAGGAAGGAGACAUCCAGAUCUUUCAAGGGCCUACUUCCAGAAGUAGACCCUCGGCAAGGAUGGAGAGGUA